UCACACCAUAGACCAAAAUGACAUAUUUUGACAAUUUGACAAAAACUUGUGUCUGUUGUUAGAUUCAGUUUUAUAAUCAAUUUAUUUCAGUUGUUUAUCAGUAUUUGCGUCGUGUUAGAUUCAAAUUCGCAUUAUACACAACACGGUGUACGAAAGACUUAUGAUUUUCCCGUGAACUUUUUAACCAACAUCUCAGGAUAGCAACUUCAGUCAUAAUUUCUAUUUUACCAAGUAUUAAGCUUUAAAAUGGGUGGAAAAGCUGAAAAGGGUACUCCUAAGUACAUAGCUAAUAAGAUAAAAGCUAAAGGUUUACAGAAAUUACGAUGGUAUUGCCAAAUGUGUCAGAAACAGUGUCGAGAUGAAAAUGGAUUCAAAUGUCAUACAAUGUCGGAAUCACAUCAGCGGCAGCUUUUGUUGUUCGCUGACAACGCUUCGAGAUACAUCGACGAGUUCUCCAGAGAGUUUGCUGAUGGUUAUUUAGAGUUAUUGAAGCGUCAGUUCGGAACUAAACGAGUGAACGCUAACAAAGUAUAUCAGGACUAUAUUUCUAACAGAGACCAUCUCCACAUGAAUGCAACGCAAUGGGAGACUCUCACCGACUUUGUGAAGUGGUUAGGAAGGGAAGGGAAGUGCGUUGUUGAUGAAACGGAGAAGGGUUGGUUUGUGGCAUAUAUAGACAGAGAUCCAGCAGCUAUUGCUGCACAGGAGGCUAAGGUUAAGAAAGAGAAGAUGGAUAAAGAUGAUCAGGAAAGAAUGUUAGAGUUCAUACAGAAGCAAGUUGAGAAAGGAAAGAAGGAGAGGAAUGUAGAACCUUCGUAUACAGAGUUUAAGCGAGAGAACAGUCAAGAAAGGUUGACAUUAAAUAUAAAUUUGAAGAGGAAACCAGAAGAAAAACCUGAUGGUCUAACAAAAUCAGCGUUACAAGCGCAGAAGACGAAAGAAGAAUCUACUAGCAAGAAGAAGAAGACAGAAGAAAGGAACAAACAGAGUGCAUUAGACGCUAUCAAGGAAAUGCAAGAAAAGGCCAGAGAAAGGGCAAACAGGAAAGAUCAUUGGUUGACUGAAGGUAUUAUAGUAAAAAUAGUAACAAAGAGUCUCGGAGAUAAAUUCUUCAAAAGGAAAGCUGUCAUCGAGAGAGUUGUCGAGAAAUAUGCAGCUCAUGUUAAACUGGUCGAUGAUAAUGUCAAAUUGAAACUUGAUCAAAAUCAUUUAGAAACUGUGAUACCGUCAAGUGGUCGUGUCGUGAAGUUUGUGAACGGAGCCUACAGCGGACAGAAUGGAGUUUUGAAAAAUAUCAAUGUUGAAGAAUAUUGCUGUGAUGUGGAGAUAUCAGCGGGGCCGCUUUCAGGUCGGCUGGUGAAAGGCGUUCAGUAUGAAGAUAUAAGCAAACUGGCUUCAUAGCGAAAUAUAAUUUACACAAUAAAUAAGUUUAUUUUUAA